AUGUCUGACGAUGAUGACUUCAUGCAAGACUCUGAUGCAGAGCAAUACGACUUUGAGUACGAAGAUGACGACGACCUUUCGGGCUCUGGCGACGUCGACAUCGAGAACAAAUACUACAAUGCCAAACAGCUCAAAGCCGAUGCGCCCGAAGAAGCGGUCACUGAAUUCCUGGGCGUGCCGGACCUAGAGGAAGAGAAGGGAGACUGGGGCUUCAAGGGCCUCAAACAAGCCAUCAAGCUCGAGUUCGCCCUCGGCCGAUACGAAGACGCCAUCAAACACUACAAGCAACUCCUCACCUACGUCAAGUCCGCGGUGACGCGCAACUAUUCCGAAAAGUCCAUCAACAACAUGCUCGACUAUAUUGAAAAAGUAGCCUCGGGCACAGACCAGUCGGCGUAUCGGUGCAUGGAAGAGUUCUACUCCCUUACCCUCGAUACGUUCCAGGCCACCAACAACGAGAGACUGGCACUGAAGACCAAUGUCAAGUUGGCAAAGCUAUACUUGGAUAAGAAAGACUACGCAUCGCUGACGAAUAAGGUGAGAGAGAUCCACAAGGCUUGUCAGAGGGAAGACGGGACAGAUGAUCCUGGCAAAGGCACGUAUUCGUUGGAAGCAUACGCGUUAGAGAUCCAAAUGUAUGCCGAGAUGAAGAACAACAAGCGCCUCAAGUCGCUGUACCAGAAGGCUCUAACUGUUCGCUCGGCUGUACCACAUCCCAAGGUACAGGGCAUCAUCCGUGAGUGUGGAGGCAAGAUGCACAUGAGUGAGGAGAACUGGAAGGAAGCACAGAGCGACUUUUUCGAAUCUUUCAAAAACUACGACGAGGCCGGAUCGAUGCAGAGGAUCCAGGUGCUCAAGUAUCUCGUGCUCACGACCAUGCUGAUGCAGUCGGACAUCAAUCCGUUUGAUUCACAAGAGACGAAGCCCUACAAGAACGACCCGCGCAUUUCAGCUAUGACCGAUCUAGUCGAUGCAUACCAACGCGAUGAUAUCCACAGAUAUGAGUCCAUCCUGAAGGAGAAUCAAGAUCUGUUGGCCGACCCAUUCAUUGCCGAAAACAUAGACGAGGUCAGCCGUAACAUGCGCAGCAAGGCUGUCCUGAAGCUCAUAGCCCCAUACACACGCUUUACUCUGCAAUUCAUCUCCAAACACAUUAAGAUUCCGGUCAGCGAGGUUCAAGACAUCUUGGGCGUGCUGAUAGUCGACAAGAGGUUACGGGCAAAGAUCAACCAGGCCAAUGGCACGGUUGAAGUGAUGACCAGUACAGAGGAUACGGUGCAUUUGGACAAACUGUCUGAUUGGACUUCGGCGGUGGACCAUUUGUGGUCGUCCCUUCUAAACGAGGGAGAGGGUUUCAGGAGCGAGGAAGCACAUGGAUCGGGCUCAUUCGGUGGACUAAUGGCCUACCCAAUGGGUAUGGAAUCUGGUAAUGCCAUUCCUAGUCGUGGAGCCGGGCACCGAGGCCGUGGAGCCCGAGGAGGGCGAGGAGGCGGGAAAGCCCUUGUGCCUCCUGUGUGA